AUACUUACGCGUUUUUUAUCGGACGAGACGAGAUCGCGUUGUGUAAUAUGCUUUUGGCACCACAGAUUAUACUUUAAACUUACGUAGUAACUAUUUAUUAAUCUGUAGCUGAGUAGCGAGUAUUGACGAUUCUGUUAUUUGACAGUUAUCUAGGCUUCCUUCCAUUCCGUCAUUAAAUUUUAGCAGGUUUUUUUUAAAUCUUUAUUUAUAAAUGCUAGCAGGUUUAUGUUUGUUCUCCAAGAACUCUAAAGAAGAUACUGUGUUAAAAUCCAACUUACCAUAUACCUGUAAGAUCAUUGUUUUCUGGUUCUGCUUCUAACCUAGCAGUGGACAGUCAUUCAUUGAUGUGCGUUUAAACAGAAGUGAAUUAUAUUGCAUGCUGUAAUAAAAAAAUAUUACCUUUUUAUCCUGGACACUAAAAGUGUGGAAAAAUGAGUUACUCUAGUGAUGAAGUGAACUUUCUCGUGUAUCGAUACCUACAGGAAUCAGGUUUCCAUCACUCUGCAUACACAUUUGGUAUUGAGUCACAUAUAUCACAAAGCAAUAUCAAUGGUGCCUUGGUGCCUCCUGCAGCUUUGUUGAGUAUCCUUCAAAAGGGUUUGGAAUAUACUACAGCAGAAAUUACUUAUGGGGAAGAUGGUUCUGAAAUACGUCUCACUGAAAGCUUGAGCUUGAUUGAUGCCGUCAGUCCAGAGAUAAUUGCUGCUCGCCAAAAUGCUCAAAACACACAAAAACAAGCUAUUAGAGCUGAGCAGGCCACAGGAACGGAACAAAAUGGUGUUGAAGUCACAGCAUGUAACCCACCGGCGGCAACUGGGGGCGCAGCGACUCCGAGUGCUCCUGAGAACAUGGAGGUCGAUCAGUCCAUAGAAAUACCGGCCAGCAAGGCUACAGUCCUCCGAGGCCAUGAGUCUGAGGUGUUUAUUUGUGCUUGGAACCCCAGCACUGAUCUCUUGGCAAGUGGCUCGGGUGACAGCACAGCCAGGAUCUGGGAUAUGUCUGACAAUCCUGCUACGACUCCUAAUCAGUUGGUACUUAGACAUUGUAUCCAGAAAGGUGGGGCAGAGGUGCCCAGUAAUAAAGAUGUCACUUCUUUGGACUGGAAUUGUGACGGUAACCUGCUAGCAACGGGAUCAUAUGACGGCUACGCCCGCAUUUGGACCACUGAUGGAACCUUGGCCUCCACAUUAGGUCAACACAAGGGCCCUAUAUUUGCUCUGAAAUGGAAUAAACGCGGAAACUACAUUUUGAGUGCAGGGGUUGACAAGACAACCAUAAUAUGGGAUGCAGCGUCAGGGCAGUGCACUCAGCAGUUUUCCUUCCAUUCUGCUCCGGCACUGGAUGUGGACUGGCAAACAAACACAUCCUUUGCAUCUUGUUCUACAGAUCAGUGCAUUCACGUGUGCAGACUACAUGUUGAUAAACCUAUUAAGAGUUUCCAGGGACAUACUAAUGAAGUCAACGCCAUAAAGUGGGACCCACAAGGACAGUUACUAGCUUCCUGUUCUGACGACAUGACUUUGAAAAUUUGGUCCAUGAAACAAGAUACAUGUGUUCAUGAUUUACAAGCUCAUUCAAAAGAAAUUUAUACCAUCAAGUGGUCUCCUACCGGUCCGGGAACACAGAAUCCAAAUAUGAAUCUUAUUUUGGCCAGUGCUUCUUUCGAUUCCACUGUACGUUUGUGGGAUGUCGAAAGGGGCGUGUGUAUACACACUUUAACAAAGCACACAGAACCGGUUUACAGUGUGGCCUUUUCGCCUGAUGGCAAGUUUCUUGCCAGUGGCUCUUUUGACAAGUGUGUGCAUAUUUGGUCGACACAAACCGGUGGGCUGGUACACUCGUACAAGGGCACAGGCGGCAUAUUCGAGGUGUGCUGGAACUCUCGCGGCACCAAAGUCGGCGCUAGUGCUAGUGACGGCAGCGUGUUCGUAUUAGAUUUACGUAAGCUAUAAGGAACAACACUCAGGGCUCGUUCCACUUGACGGUCGCGUCACUCACGGCGGCGCACGCGACAUUAGGCAAUUUGUUUCCGGUGAUAUAAAAGAGGAAACCGAAGUAGCUACAGAAAGAUUGAAUAUUCCUAGCAGUAAGUACUUGAUGCCAUUCUGUCUUUUACGUACUUUAUCGGGAGUUCUAUACCAUUGCAGACUAUAUAAGUACGAAAUAGCAAAAACAUAAUCUUUCUAUAUGUUUUACAAAUAACAACUAAUCUCAAACUACUGAAUUUCACAUGUAUUAUUUGAUUUUAUUAAAUGUGUAAAUUGUAAUGUGUGACGACCGGUUUGGCCUAGUAGGUAGUGACCCUGUCUACGAAGCUGAUGGUCCCGGGUUCAAAUCCUGGUAAGGGCAUUUAUUCGUGUGAUGAGCAUGGAUAUUUGUUCCUGAGUCAUGGGUGUUUUCUAUGCAUUUAUGUAUUUAUAAAUAUUUAUAUAUUAUAUAUAUCGUUGUCUAAGUACCCUCAACACAAGCCUUAUUGAGCUUACUGUGGGACUUAGUCAAUUUGCGUAAUAAUUUCCUAUACUAUUUAUUUUAUUUUUAUGUAGAUGGCGCUGUACCCUCCGUAUAUUAUGCGAUAACUGGUUGCCAAACAAAUAUAUUUAACGUUAAAGCGCCUACAACAACGCCAUCUUCUAUAGCUGUCUUCCACAUCUUAAACCGACAAUGAAUCUUUACAACAUUAUAAUCAAAUGAAUCUUUGGUUUUACGGUUUUAGUUACGGGUAUUACAUUACGGAAAUAUAAAAUUAGUCAAGAAAUCUAUUCUAAACCUAGGCAUGCUUCUUAUGUGGAUUAUUGGUAGUUGUUUUAGGGCAUUUUAGGUUCUUUAAUCGAAGGGUGCCAACUUUCCUAUUACUAUUAAAGCCUACAUCGUCCAUCCUUCCAUCUGUAUGUACAUCAUUAACCCUAAUAAUUAGACGGUUGAAAUUUACCGUGUGUGUAGCGCUGCGCUUGUGGUUCAUCUAUUAUUACGUCAUGUAAUAAAUAAGGCUUGAAAUCAUCAAUCUAUGUGUAGUAAAGGGUGUAGACGGCAUGGUCAAAGAUCAUGACUGUGUGAUCUUAUACAAGAUUUUUUGCCGCUAUUGUCAAGUGGAACGAGUCCUAAUUAAAGGCGAAUGUUUCAGCAUUCAAUCUGCUAUUGCAGCAAUUUAGUAUGUAGGAAUUAUGUACAUAGUUUUAUUAUUGUAUGUUUAUAACGCAAACACAUUUAUGACAUUACACUAAUCAUAAUAGUCAAGUACCAGAGAAAAGGUAUCAUUCCUUGUCAAUCAUAAAAUACUUAUCAUUUUUUUUAAUAAAAAAACCACCUUGGUACAUUGUAAUAAUUUGGCAAGAGAAUAAACUAUUUAUGAUUCUUAGAUAUAUAAUUUUUUAGUAAGAUAAUAGCUGUAAAUCAUAGACUUAUAUGGCCUUACGAGCACUACGAAUGGGGUCGAUACAUGGGUGUCAAAAUCGCAUUCUGGCAAAUUGCGCAGUGGAAGCGCGUUACGUUAUGCCAUUGACAAUUUUUUUAAAUGCCUAAUUGUGUUGUGACAUUGUGUAAAAACUAUUUCAGAACAAUCAAAUACACUUAUGAGAUUUCAUAUCAUCGGUAAAUCAUUUCAAAUUAGUAGACUGUACUCUCGCCUCCAAAAAUCGUGUCGAGCGAGAUAGUUCGAGGGAGACCUCUCCUAUUACCAUAUUUAUUAAAAUAAAUGUCAUUUUUAUUGGUUAGGGAAGUUAAGCUAGUUUAUUGACUCGCUUAAGAAUAGUCCUUGUAAAUGUUGACAUUUAGUGAAAAUCAUGCUUCUUUGGUUAUGAAGUAUUUUGUAUGUAAUUAAAAAAUAAUGCAUUUAUGUAACACAUUUUAGUAUGUUUUAACUCCUACUGAUUCCUACUUAAUAUUCUUAGUGAAUUUUAAUAACUACCUGUGUUCGUUGAACAAUACAAAAAAUUAAAAUAAUACAAUAGAAAAAAUUUAAACUAAAUAUAUUACUCGAUGUAAUAAUAUGAUAUCAAUUGACAGGGGCAAGCAAGGCAAACUGCUUCACUUGGCCCUGCCAAUCACCAGCGAGUGAGAGGAGAGUCGAGGCGCUCCGCCAACGCCCUCAGAUCAGAACGCCAAUUACAUCCACACUUCCCGAUAACGGGCCCGAAAUCUUCCCGAUUUCGGACCUGAUAAUCGUUUUCUGUUUUACGGAAUGUCAGCACAUCGUUACCGAUAUUGGAAACGUAAACAAUAAUUUGUCUGUAAAAGCGACAAAUGUUCAAUGUUUCAUAUUUUUGCAUACGAACCAUUUUUUUACAUUUCAAAUAAUGUAAACGAUGUGCUGAUAUUUGGUGAAACGGACAAACUAUUUUUUUUCGGCCCCAAAAUCGGGUCUGAUAUAAGGCCAGAUAAAGUGUGGAUAUAAUUAGCACUUAAGGUCUCCCUCGAGCCAUUAUCCUAGACACGUUUUUUGGAGGCGAGAGUGCAGUCUACUUUCGUGUAUAUCUUUGGCCAAAGAUACUUGAUUGUAUCUUUGCUCUGAACAUCGGCCACGUAGUUUGCGCAGUAUAAAACAGAUGGCGCUGUGUUUUGCUUGACGACACUUUUUGGUCGGAAUUGUUUGUAUAGGCUUAUCCUUACUUUUUUAGAUCUAUGCUGUAAAUAAUUAAAUUGCCAAUAAAAUUGAAA